AUGCACCACUUCCACGCGGCCGAGGAUGCGCCGUGCUCGGGCCCCUCCAGCCCGGACUCCAACUGCGGGGGCAGCCCGGCGGCGGCGGCGGUGGCGGCGGCCGUCAAGUGCGGCGGCGGCGGCGCAGGAGGAGGGGGAGGGGGAGGGGGGCCCUGCGCGGGGGGGCCGAGGGUGAGGAGGCCGCUGAACGCCUUCAUCAUCUGGACCAAGGAGGAGCGCAGGCGCCUGGCCCUGCUCAACCCCGACCUGGAGAACACCGACCUCAGCAAGAUACUCGGUGAGAGACGCGUUCACGGCACGGUGACGCAGUGGGGGAAGCAAACCUGA